ACUGUGGCUGGAAAAGGCGCCGGAAAAUGCACAAGAGAAUCGAGUUCCUCGAGAUGGUGAAAGGAAGGUGGUCGGUGGAAUAGGUGGUUUUAAGGAAGUCGACCGAAGGGUUCUAGUAAAGAGUGGAUAAUCAGCCUCCGUAUGCUCAUAUUCAACCCCUUCAUGCAGUUGCGUGUAUGGAGUUGUUUGUGGUGCAUUUAGGUUCGCAGGGACGCUCAAUAUCCACAAUCUUCAAGGGGUAGGACCGUGUGCGAGCCGUGAUUCGGCCGAUCAGGCCUGCGGAGAAGCAGAUCGGCUAGAUCUGGCACGGGGUGGUCUUUGCUCCUGUUGAGUGCUGGCCGGCAACAGGGCAAGAUUCGGAGGCCAUAUGGGGGCAGGGGGUUGAAAAGUCCGGAGAAGGGGGACGGCACCUACCGCCACAGUUGACAAGCUGGGUUAACUCCCGGAAAUGAGACAAUUCCUGAGGCUCUUGUUGAAUUCCCAAGGUUCCUAUUCUUCUACUGGUGGCUCAUUCCGCUCUUUCCAGUCCGGUCCAGUCCUUUAUAGGGCUGGGGGGUGUUGUCGAGAUGGCCCAGAUCUGGAUCUCUCCUCCUUCCCUCCUUUUCUCUUUUGCAAAGAAAGGGAGUCACGGGGUGUGGGAAGGAAUGGUUCGGGAGAGGGAAUGAAUGGACGCGGAUGGAGGAGGGAGGAAAAGAGGAGAAGGGAGAAGGAGAUUGAUAUCUGUCCAGGUUGGAGGAGGACGGAGGAGAGGAAAAGGGAUUGGAAGAGAGGCACGGAUUGGUUUAACAGACGGUUUAAGACCAGGGACCCAGCUCUCUCACCGGGCACUGGCGGCAGCCAGCCAGGGCAGCGCGACCAAAAAGUGCAGCUCGAACGGAGUACUUGGUGCAUGUGGUACACACGCUACAACACGCUAGGUACACUGCCUACGCGGUGCCGUCCAAGGCAGGGGUGUUCCAUGUUAGAUGGUACUAAUCCAAUGAUACCUGAGGUACCUGGCCCCGGUACAUCCACUAUUCCAGUCGUUGCGUCGUGCCUGCCCCCCCAACAAGGAAGGGGGGAAAAUAGUAAUCCAUGGAAGUCAGCGAGGGAACAAGUGUACGAUUCUCAACGCAAGACAGCAAGACGACGGUACAAUAGACAAUUAGCAUUGCAAUUGCACCUAUUCUUUCCACGAUGCCAAGGGAUAUCUACUAUGUAGGUAGGUAUUCUGGAGGUGAUCGUAUGCCCCCUCAGGUAUCUUGCAAGGCUCGCCAGGUACUUGGAGGUGGGCGGGCGUGCCUUGUGCAG